GUUAUUCGUGGAAAGAAGACACGAUUAAAGAAAUAAUUGAGAUUAUCAUUUUGUUGUGCUAAGUAAUUUCUUCAGGGGAAUAAAAUGUCUCAAAAGCGGUAUAAUGAAUGGGAUGUCAACCUCUUUUUAACCUUUUCGAAGAUAUUUCCGGUUUAAUAACCAUAGAACUUACUAUUUGAGGGAAAACAUUAAGGCACACAUGAGAAAUUGGAGAAGUUAAGACGAGUAUGGCUUCAGUUGUAAUAGUGUCAAUCAUAUCCACAAAUACAUUCAUACAUAUGUAUAUAAGGAUUCAAGAAUUGGUCUGAAUUUAUUUUAUCAUAUUUCGAUGCAACCUUGCGUUCUCUUUUUAACCCAGAUUUUCAUUUGUAUCAUUAACGAAGCAGAGUGUGAUUUUUACGAUUAAUUUUAAAAGAUAAUUAUGAGCUCCUCUCAAAAGUUGGAAUCAAAUUUUAAAUUUGGAGACGAUGAUGAUAAGCUGCCAAAAGAGUUUUUUAAGGAAGUACAUAAAGUGGUAGAAAAUGCGGUAUUUUCUGAGCUAAUUUUAGAAGAUGAAGUAAAACAAUCAUUAUGCGACGUAAAAUCCGAAGACGAAUUUGGCAACCCAUUUUAUGAUAAUGAAGAAAAUCCAAUGCCAACGCAAUUUAAAGGAGAAUACGAAGAUACCGAAUAUAUUCUGGAGUUCGACGAAGAUGAACUUAAUUUAGCGGAACCGAGGCGUAAAAAAUCGAAAACUUGUACAGAAUUUAAAGCUCCCAGUGGACGUGUUUGGAGUGUUAAUAGAACUGCUGCAAUAGAUUCAGUUGCUCAACUGCAACCUUUAGGAAAGGGACCAGCAACAAAAAUUAAAAAUGCACUCGAAGCUUGGUGUUUACUUCUGGAUGAACGCAUUUUGACGAUCAUUACUUCAAAUACAAAUGAGGAAAUUCGAAAGCGUAAAGGAAAAUCAUCGUUUGAAAAGACAACAGAUAUUGUAGAGUUGCGUGCAUGGAUGGGCCUAAAUUACCUGUGUGGUAUAUUUCGUAACACUACUCAACCGGGCCCUCUAAGUGAAUUGUGGACAUUGGAGUUGGGAAAUUCAAUUUUUCGCGGUACAAUGACAUUGAAACGAUUUGAAUUUUUAACAAACUGUUUAAGAUUUAGCACACCAGUAGCCAGAAAAGGCUGUCUAAAAAACUACUUAGAUAUCCAAGAUGUGUGGGAAAGAUUUCUUGCUAACUGUCGUUCGUACUAUUCGCCAAGUGGUAACUGUGCUGUGCAUGAAAAUUUUAUUGAAAUGAAUGACAGCAAUAGUAGUAUUCAGCUAACGAUUUUAAGUGAUUCUAAAUCCUUAUAUUUAUGUAACGCGUUAAUAUCGAAUCGAAUGACUUCAAAAAAGUCACAAGAGCGAGCAGUUCUUCAUUUAGUUACCGAUCUUAAAGGCAGCCAGCGCAACAUCGUUCUUCCUGAGGAAUAUACAAAUACGAAUUUGGUAUCAGAACUAAAACAAAGAAAUCUUACCGUAAUUGGCUGUUUGGGGAGUACGUCUGAAGAAGUUCCGGUGGCUAUUUUAGUAAAUAAAGCCUCGCAAAAAUUAUAUUCCGACAUUGGAUGCUUGAGACGAUUAGGUUCAGAUAAUGAAUCGUUUUUAUUAUCAAGUGAGUUUUCCGGUAAUGUGGCCGUGGAAACGCUCUUUGAACUUAGCACUCGUUCAUGUCAAAAUUUUAAGCAAGCCGUUGAAUUAUUUAGUACGAGUUACUCGGCAAAUAGCGAUCUCUACGUUUGGUCCCUAAAUUUAUUUUACCGUAUUAUGAAUUUUGCUGCAUUGAAUGCCUGGGUUCUUAUGAGACUAUCCAGAUCCAGUACCGAAAAGCAGCCAACACAACGUGAAUUUCAAAGAAAUCUUGGAUUAUAUCUCACACAACUACAGCUAAAACGGCAACUGCAAGAUAAGAGCAAACUUACGUUACCCCAAAAACUCCAAAUAAGUGAAGUACUGGGUGAACCGACACAAAAAUUGCUUGUAAAUGCUUGUGAAGAAGUUAAAAAGAGUUCGGCUAAAGGUAUCGUCCCACUAAAAAAAUUGAAUUUGCCUGAUGGCCUUGUGCUUAUGUCUAAGACAUUAGAGCGGCGAAAGCGUUGCGCUAUUUGCACUAAAUAUCAAACACGUUCGCGUUGCCAGCAAUGUUUACGGGCACUUUGUUAUCGUCAUUUGAUAGCUCGUUGUAAUGAUUGUAUGGGAUUCACAGAUCUUGCAGAAACAUAGCCAUUACAAAGCAUGCUCCUUAAUUCAUAACUUAACUAUUUCUUUUUAAACGUUAAGCGAAUAAAAUUAACAAAAAUUUAAUUUAACA